GGUCUUCGCAUAUACACGUCGUCGUGAUCGUCUUCGCCGAUACCUAGGAAGGUACAUAUUUCUUCGACUCGGUGGUUUUUUUUUUCACCUCUGUGUCCAACACGUUUGCACACGAGGUAACCAGUUGGUCGCGUUUUCUCGCCAGAUACGAGUAGAUACUUUCGAGUACUUCGGGUGCUGUUGUGUAUUACAACAAUCUAGCAAACCAUCAGUUUCGUCGUAGCCUUCGUCGUCGUCGUCGUCGUGAUCAUCUAGGAAUUUGCGAUUCGCGAAUCUGCGCCAGAGCAACAAGUGCGGUAUCUCUGGGAUGCUCAUAGGUGAAAAAAAUCAUCCUCUUGUUUAGUUCUGUGUCAAUUUUUGUUACCCUAAGUACGUCAUAAAACCUACGUAGGUACGUGGUACGUAUGCUGCGUGAAAAUUUCGGGUAUUUUUUUUACUCUCGAUACCAGCUUGGUUAAUUUAUCGCUACGAACGUUCGUUAUUUUUGUCGGGUUUCGAUGUACAAUAUCUGUACACUGUGAUUGUACAUAGUGGUGUUUUCAUCGUAAGUACACAGUACAUCGUACACGUACGUAUACAGAGAGAGGCCCUAAUCGCGAGCAUAUCUACCUAUACACAAAGCUGUACUGCAAUAUACGAUCGUCGUUUAUCGAAAAAAAAAAAAUACCUACGUAUAAAAUCCGAUUAAUAUUUACAUAAAAUUAACGCGCGUGGUUUUUUCACUCCGCGUCUCUCUCUCUCACUCUCUCUGUCGUACCAACAGCUGUCCUCGCGAUUCGCGAUUCGGGAUUCGGGAUUCGCGUGUUAUCAGCAGUGCCGAGUGCCCCCCUGUGUUAUUUUGGCGCGUGCUUUGGCCGUCGCCGCGCCGCAGAUGAAUCGAGGACGCGGUUAGCGGAAGGGGGUUUCCUACAACAUUUCAAAAUGUUGAAGAAGAUUCAAUCGGCGGCUCUGUUGAACGCAUUCAGUUUUCAGUAGUGAUAUGGCGCUUACAACAUCCGAUUCUAUAUCAACCUCGUCGUCGUCUUCGUCGUCGUCGGCUACCCUCAAUGGGCCGGUUACUAAAAAGCUACCAAUACGUCUUAAAAAUUAUUCAAGUAACCAAGAGUAUUUUGAUAGUCUGUACUUGAAUGCAAAACAGUCCGCAGCGACUCAGGCUCCAGCAUGCUCAGAAAAUGGGUGUCUGGGAAGUAUUAUGUACCCAUCGACGUACAAGAAUUCUUACGCCCGUCCCAAAGAAGAAGUGUUACCAUUGGCUAAAGAUUUCCUCGAUCAGUACUACGCCUCAAUUAAAAGACUCAAUAGCCCAGCUUAUUUGACACGAUGGGAACAAGUACAAAAAGACAUAGAGAACACUGGUUCAUAUCAACUGACCGAAACAGAAUUAGUUUUCGGAGCGAAAUUGGCAUGGAGAAAUGCAUCACGUUGUAUUGGACGAAUUCAAUGGGCGAAAUUACAGGUGUUCGAUUGUCGAAGCGUUACCACAACUAGUAAUAUGUUCGAAGCUAUUUGUAAUCAUAUUAAAUACAGUACUAACAAAGGAAAUAUACGAUCCGCUAUUACAGUAUUUGCUCAACGUACAGAUGGAAAACACGACUUCCGAGUAUGGAACCCACAAUUAUUAUCUUAUGCUGGUUACAAAAAUCCAGAUGGUUCGAUUAUUGGUGAUCCUAAUAAUGUGGAAUUCACAGAAGUUUGUUUGAAAUUGGGCUGGAAAAGCAAGCGAGCGGAUUUCGAAAUCUUACCUUUAGUACUAUCAGCCAACGGACAUGAUCCCGAUUACUUCGAUAUUCCACCAGAAUUGAUCCUCGAAGUAAACCUAAGUCAUCCAACAUUCGAAUGGUUUGAACAGCUAGGUUUCCGAUGGUACUGCGUACCUGCUGUAUCCAACAUGAUGUUCGAUUGCGGUGGACUACAAUUUACAGCCUGUCCUUUCAACGGAUGGUAUAUGUCAACUGAAAUAGCCUGCAGAGAUUUAUGCGAUCCUCAUCGUUACAAUAUAACCGAGAAAGUAGCUCGUAAAAUGGGUCUCGAUACAAGAUCAAAUAUGUCCUUAUGGAAAGAUAAAGCUAUGGUAGAAGUGAACCUCGCCGUAUUACAUAGUUUCCAAAUGCAAAAUAUAACAAUUAUGGAUCACCAUACCGCAGCCGAAUCAUUCAUGAAACAUUACGAAAAUGAACAAAGAGCUAGAAACGGAUGUCCUGCCGAUUGGGUAUGGAUUGUACCUCCAACGUCUGCCUCAAUUACACCAGUUUUCCAUCAAGAAAUGUGUAACUACAUUCUACACCCAUUCUACGAUUAUCAAGAAGCUGCUUGGAAACUGCACGAAUGGAAGAAGAACAAAGGUAGUGGGAAAACAAACAAAAUACAGAGAAAAUUCCAUUUCAAACAAAUUGCAAGGGCCGUUAAAUUCACGUCGAAACUUUUCGGACAAGCUUUAUCUAAACGAAUUAAAGCCACUAUACUGUACGCGACCGAAACCGGAAAAUCCGAAGCGUAUGCUCAGAAAUUAGGAGAAAUAUUCAGCCACGCUUUCCAUUCGCAGGUCGUACGAAUGGAUGAAUACGAUAUGAGCAGUAUCGAGCAUGAGGCCGUCUUACUCGUCGUAACUUCAACCUUUGGAAACGGAGAUCCUCCAGAAAAUGGCCACUCGUUCGCUCAAAGUUUAUAUUCGUUGAAAAUGGACCACCAAGAAACGAAAAAUGGACCAGCCAAGGAAAACGCCGAAUUCUGCUCGGCAUCAUUCAUCAAAGCGAACAGUUUACCAGAACAGGCGAUCACUGAGAAACAAUGCCUAUCGAAGAACUCCUUCGACGAUGAUCUUUUCGGACCCCUUGGAAACGUUCGAUUCGCUGUUUUCGCCUUGGGCUCGAGCGCGUACCCGAAUUUCUGCGCCUUCGGUACCUAUGUCGAUAACCUGCUCGGAGAACUCGGCGGCGAACGUUUGGUAAAAGUUACCAACGGAGAUGAAAUGUGCGGACAAGAGACAGCUUUUAAGAAAUGGGCUGCUGAAGUGUUCAAGGUUGCCUUGGAAACAUUCUGUCUGGAAAACGAAGACGAUACGUUGAAUCAAAUCGAUCAAAUGCUUCAUGACGUUAAAAUUUCCGCUUCAACUGUACGAUUCCGAGACGCUAAAGAAGAGACUCCAUUAAAUGGCUUAGCGCGUUGCCAUAAUCGUAAAAUCAGCAAAGCUGUUUUACAAUCGAAGAAAGAUCUUCACAAAGACGUUAAAACCGAUAGAGCUACAUUGUUAUUGGAAUUAGCCAUCGAAGGAGCUACUUAUGCGCCCGGCGAUCACGUGGGUGUCUUCCCAUGCAAUCGUACGGAAUUAGUAGAUGGAAUUAUCGCCCAUUUGGAAGAACCCGAGCCCGAUAAAACAGUCGAAUUACAGCUGCUGAAAGAAAAACAAACUUCAACAGGCGUCGAAUAUAUCUGGAUGGCUCACGAAAAACUACCCUCUUGCUCAUUACGUUCGAUGCUGACUAGAUAUUUAGAUAUUACAACACCACCGUCUCCGAAUUUAUUACGUUUCUUCGCCACUCUGGCUACCGAUCAGGAAGAUAAAGAUAAAUUGACUGCCCUUUCGUCGGAUAAUGUUGCAUACGAAGACUGGAGACAUUCGAAAUACCCUCAUUUGUUAGAAGUAUUCCAAGAAUUUCCAUCGGUUAAACCACCGGCUGCUUUGCUCGUAUCUCAAUUAACUUUAUUGCAACCGCGAUUUUACAGCAUUUCUUCUUCGCCUAUGAUUUUCCCCAAACGUAUCCAUCUAACUGUUGCUGUCGUAGCCUAUAAUACUCAAGAUGGAAAAGGACCAUUACAUUACGGAGUUUGCUCUAAUUACUUACAAGACGCUGCUGAUAACGAAGACGUGUACAUAUUUGUCAGAAGCGCACCCAAUUUCCAUCUUCCCGCCGAAGUUUCCAAACCAUUAGUUUUAGUCGGACCUGGUACCGGUAUCGCCCCCUUCAGAAGCUUCUGGCAACACCGCGCAGCUCAAAAGAAAGUCCAAGCGAUAGAUAAUCUCGGCAAAGUGAUAUUAUUCUUCGGAUGCCGUCUAAAGACCUUGGAUCUGUACUCCGAAGAAAAACAAAAAAUGGUCGAAGAAGGUGUUUUGAACGAAACCCACCUUGCCCUAUCCAGAGAACCCAACGUUCCAAAAGCGUACGUUCAAGAUUUAAUGAAAACCGAAGCGGAAAAACUUUACAAAGAAAUCGUAACCGAACGUGGUCAUUUCUACGUAUGCGGAGAUUGUAAAAUGGCCGAAGAUGUGUAUCAAACUUUACGUACCAUUAUUCAAGAAAAGAGUGGCAUGACUUACGCACAAGCUGAAAGCUAUCUGUUGCGAAUGAGGGACGAAAACCGCUACCACGAAGAUAUCUUCGGUAUCACUUUAAGAACGGCCGAGGUCCAUACGCAAUCUCGAGAAACCGCCAGAAUAAGAAUGGCAUCCGAAUCAAUUCCAUAACAAAUGCUUUCAUUUUUUAAUCGCAUUGCGAGUGCGCUUAAAAAAUAUUAAAUUGUAUACUCUUUAAACAAAGUAGUGGAAAUUAGUUUAGCAUUGGGUUAUUAUUUUUAUAAAUGGGAAAAAUUAUAAAUAAAUUUAAGCAAUAAAAAAAUGUAUUCUAUUUGAA